GCAUUCGGGCGUUCGUUCCCCUCCUCCUCCACUUCCUCCUCUGCCCCCAAAUUGUCUCGAUCAGUUCCCCCCCUUGGAACGGAGCGCCUCAAAAACGUCCUACCCAAACCUCCUCCACCUAAACCGCAGCAGGCGAACACAUAGCGACAAACUCAACAAAGGACACGGCAUCAGCCGCUGCUAUUGCAGAGCCGUCUGCUCCCUCAGCCGAGACUAGCGUUUCGAAACCCUCAAGUGUCUUCACAGGGAGGGAAAGGCCGCAUGCCUCCCCUCAACUCAGAGCAGAUGAUCUAUGAGCAGAAUACCAAUCUCCAGGCAUUUUCCAGGGAGAUUAUUGCGGUCGCCACACCAACCCCGCAAGAAUUAGCCACCCAAAACCAGCAUUUGAAAAAAUGUAGAGCGAUCUGCCGAAGAAUCUGCCUAGAAGGGGAAUUGGUUCCCUUUGGAAGUCUAGUUAUUUGAUCGCCUUGCUAUCCUCCAUUGUGUUAGUACCAUAGCUGGGUUCGCAAUAACUAAGUCUGAUCUCGGUGCCGUUCUUGUGACUCCCCAUCCCGAGGCCAUUUUCAGCACCCCUGACAAGAGUGACGAGUCCAAUUCUCUUCCACAUAAUCAGGUGAAAGAAUUUCAGUCCAAGGGGUUCGAGAUGAGAAUUCAUUUUACUUGAUUUGCGACAUUGGGUUUAAUCACGACUUGGGAGUGCAUAAUACCAGGAUGCUGCAAACAUAUAGUCGAUGUGAUCCAAGAAUUAAGGAAAUGGUUCUUUUUAUAAAGUGGUGGGCCAAGAGAAGGCAUAUCAAUAGCCCAUGCCGUGGUACCCUUUCUUCUUACGGCUACGCUCUCAUGAUCAUACAUUUUCUGAUCAAUGCGGUUGACCCCCCCGUUUCGAUCAAUCUGCAGAAUACUCCGAUCCCCGAAGAUGUGCCGCCUGACCAGAUAUUUGAUAAGGUUGGCAAAGGACAGCAUCGGAUUUGGUAUGCUAAACAUGUCGAAAUUCUUCCCAAGACCACGAACCAGAUGCAUGUCGGCCGGCUCUUACAUAGCUUCUUCAAAUAUUAUUCAUAUCGGUUCCAAUGGGGAAGAGGGGCCGGGGAGGAGUGGGCAUACUCAGAUAAAAGAUGGAUACUUGCCAUCGAGGACCCUUUCGAAAUCAGCGGCAACGUGGGCAGAACGUGCAACUCCACCGGAGUAGACAGGAUUCGAGCGGAGUUCAAAAGAGCCUUGAACAUUAUUAGGUUUCGCGAUGGCGGGAAGUCAAUGAGGGAGCUUUUAUGCCAAGAGGGGCUGCCGGAGAAACCAUGGGUGAGGAGGGAGGACGACGAGAGGAUGGAGGGGAAAUCUAAUCUAGAUCAAAGUGCUAACAAAGAAACGAACGAGACCGUUAAACACCAACUGAACGAUGUCAGUGAUGAGGGAGAGCUCUCUGCGAACACACUUGAUGGAGUGACACCUCAAGUUUGGGAAUCCGAUCAGCGGGAGGCUGGGGGCUGCUACAUAGAGAACUCAGCCCAAAUAUAGGUUAAACGUUGUUUUUG